AUGAACGAGACAGACAAGGUGAGGCUGGCCUUGGAGCCAACGACUUCUGAGAUGAUCGAAAUGUUCUAUCAGCUGUCGUUUUUCCUCAUCGGGACGCCAAUCAACCUUUUUGCUCUUUUUAAGAGUAGCAGGUUGGUUUUUUGAAAACUGAAACAGGAGAAUUAGCUCGAAAAAAAACGUAUUUUAUUUUACACGUAUUCUUUUGUUGCGCCUGACAUUGAGCCAUUUUUCUCGUUUCGAAAACGUUCUUGGGCGCAAGUAGUUUGAGGUCGAAUGCGAAUCUGUGAAUUCCUUCAAGGUAGUAUCUUUUUUGUUCCUUUAAUGAAAGGCGCAAAAGAUUUUUUUUUUUGCCAUUUUUCUGCACUUCAUUAAAAAACAAAAAUCCUGUUAAAAACCAAAAGUAUAUUUUCAGAGCCGUCCGAGAAGGUGGCGUCGAAUCUCGACUGGUAAAGUUGAGUCGACAGCUCUUGAUAGCUCAUAUUAUGGUCUUAUUUAUUUACGGUGUAUGGAGAAGUUACUGGUUUUACAAUAUCGCAUGGGUUCAAGGUAAGCAAUUUCAUAUCUUCUUCCGUCUAACUCAAAUCAACGUUUCAGGCGACCUUCUAUGCAAACUCUUCAGCUUUUUCUGUGCUUUGCCGUUUCAUUUAUGGUCGAAUAUGGUAGCAGCGAUCGCAGUGGAUAUGCUUUUUUGCAUAACGUGAGUUUCUGAACUCUCAGUUGAUUAUCUGAGUGGUUAAUUAAUAAGUCAUGAGGCUCAUUUUUUUCAGAAAUUGUUUUCGAAUGGCUAUGGAUUAUGGUGAACUCUUGAGCUGAAAGAUUAAAAAAAAUUAUGAAAAGAGCGCUCAAAAAUCGGCAAAAAAGAGAUGAAAAGCUGCUAGUCGGUCUUCCUGGAAAUUGAAACAAACGAAAAUUAAAUAAAUGAAGUUUUCAUAAUUUUAGCAAUCUCAAACAUUUCCGGAUCAAUAUCAAACUUUUCUUACCUUUAAGAAUAUCAUUUCCUGACAAAAAAAGGCAGAAAAGCAGCUGAUUUGGGACGCGCCUGACCAGAUACUACUUGCGGUUGAGGGCCUUAAAGCGCAGCCAAACAAACUGUGAACCAUUCCAAGUGCGGCCGCGAAAUUUUCAAGAAAGCGGACUACUGAGAUUCACGUCUUUCACAAAAUUUUUCAACGAUGGGAACAAUAAAUUCGUCUUGAGCAGAGAAAAACUUUCAGAUCUCCACUGAGUAGCUAUCGAACUGGUGGGAAUCGGGUAACUUGGCUGAUAGCCAUUGCCUGGGCUUGCGCUAUAAUUUGCGCUCUACCGAUGCUUUUCAUAAGGGGUACUGUAGCCAUCUCUUCAAAUGAUGAUGAGCAGUUGGAACAGUGCUAUUCUCUGAUUGAGGUGCGUUUUCUUCAGAAAAAUCUGAAGUAACAAUCAAUUUCCCAGGUGUACAGCAAAGACGUGUUGAUCGCGUUCAACAUCUUCCACGUGUUGACCACUUUCUACGUUCCGCUGUUAAUCGUGAUCAUUUGUUACACGAUCAUCGGCCUCUCGAUCCGAAGACAAAUGGCUGAACGAAAAUUGUUACAAGUCAGUUGGAAGCUGGUGGAUUUUGAAGGGAAAAAAAUCAAUUGAAAAGUGAAUUCAGUACUAUAUGAGGAGUUCUCAAAAAAAUUCAUUUUUAAUAAAUGAUGAUUUUUGCUUCUAGCCUUGAACGAAAUACAUGACAUCCUGAUUCAAAACGCGACCAAAAAUAAUAAUUCAAGGAAGAAUCUUUCAGGACGCGGGUCAAAGCCAGAAAAAUAACAACACAAAGGCGCGAUUCCUACGAGCUUCUAUCGCCAUAAUUGCAACUUUUUUCUUCACUUGGCUUCCCUAUCAAGUAAUUACAUUUUCAAGAUUUCACUAAGCCAUGGCGGCAUUUAAAAUGGCUUUGACAAAUCCCUGCGCCCAUCUUUCACCAAAAAAAUUGCCCCAAUAGUCAUCGUUUGUUCAGGUGUUGGCUCUUCUGCUCGUGGUUUGCGAGAAAAACGAAACCUGUCAAGAGGUGACCAAUAGGCUCAACUGGCUGCAAGCGAUUAUCAUCGCAAGGUGACAAUUUUUUACGUUCUUGAAUGAUAAGAGAGAUUAAAGAGAUCAUUCUGAUAUCAAGGAGUUCAUGGCAAAAAAAACGAUAAAAAGCUGCGCAAAUAAAGAAAAAAAGGUUUCUCUCAAGUAAAAAAAUUAUGAAUAAUUUUCAUAAAGCACAAAUUCAAAAAAAGAAAAAGAAUGGGUUCAGAUCGACAUUUUUGAAGAAAAAGGGUCAUUAUUACUGGUUUUUUUCAUUAUAAUUUUUUUGGAUUACCCUUUGAUUGAAAGUUUGAGAUAAAAAUAUUUAAAAUUCCAGCACUUGCAUCAACCCGUUUUUUUGUACCGAUUCGGCACCGAAAGAAAAAAAGAACUUCGCAUUUCUGCAGUACAGUCGACACAGGUGUUGGUAAGGAGGUAUGCAUGUAGAGUGCUUCUUUUUCUUCUUUUUCCCUUUUUCGAGUGUCUUAAUAUUAAAAACCACAACUCCUACUAAAUGUGCUCUUCACAUCGUUUCUAAAUGUUGUGUUCACCAAGGUUUAGUAAGUUUUGAAAAAAUAAAGUCGUAAAAUUUUACUUAUGUAACUUUUUAGUGGUUCUGAGCUCCGCACUAGCAAAAAGAAGGUUUUCUGUCUUUUAUUAUUGAUGGUUAACUACACACACAGUAAAGAUCGGCUGCUCUAAGGCGGAAGCCGUAUCAAGUCGGAUGCUGGAAGAAUUGGCCUCAGACCAUUUUAUCAAUUCUCCACAGACUUCCUUGAGCUAAAGAAUUUUGUUUCCUGAAUACUUGGAAAUUGUAAAUUUGUUGCAUUCUGACGUAACUUCUUCGUGAACACGUUUUCUGCACGUGAUGAAACACACUCACUUAUAAAAACUUGGAAAAAUGAAUACUUCUGCACUAAUGAUCACUACUGAAAAUUAUAAUUCAAUAACCACGUUUCGCGUUUCACCUCCCAAAUAACAAGAUCCCCAAAGUUUAUAAUAAUACAGAAAUAUUCAAGCAGGAAGCCGUUCCACCGUCCGCAAAACCACGCCGCGAGGGGAGCAAGUCACGGUACUUGCGACUUCUUCGACAGAAGUCAAAACAUCGCCGCGUGCCGCUCGAAGCACAUUCCGAAGUCCCAAGCGGAGCCUCCCGACGCUCAAGCCCACGAAAAGCAACGGAGUUUGAUGUGGAGCCUGCUGGAAACAGCUCUAGUGAUUCUUAAAGUGUGA